CAUCAAAAGGAUAAUAUAUUACUUAAACACACCCUAACAUGAUUAAUACAACUCUUCGUCUUCUUCUAUCUCCAUCUCCAUUCCAGCUCAACGCUUAGAGCACCUCCAUUAGUUUUAUACUUUCUGGAGCAACAUGUUUCCUUUACAACCCAGCAACGAUCUGUUCUAUCUCCAACCAAAUCAACACCCGAUUCCGGAAGAUCUGAUCAUUCAUGAUGAAGAAGAUCUUCAUGGCCUUUGUUUUACCAACCAAAAAGACAAGAACAAGGGCUUAGACGAAUCUGUACUCAUAUCUUUUAGCGGAGGGAACAAAAGCCAAGAAGAUUGUGAUCCUAAGAAGGCGAUGCAUCGAGACGUCGAACGGCGGAGGCGGAAAGAAAUGAACACCCUUUACGCGUCUCUCAGAUCAUUACUCCCUCUCGAAUAUGUUAAGGGGAAGCGUGCGACAUCGGAUCAUAUAACCGAGGCUGUCAAUUACAUAAACCAUCUAGAAGUGAAGAUCAAUGAGAUGAAAAGAAGAAGAGAUGAAUUCAAGAGGGGAAUAUCUGUUUAUCUGGGAUCUCUCGGACCCGAAAUUCGGAGCUCCGGCACCAAUUGUUCAGUGAGAGCUUUGAGUGUAAGGCCUUGUCUGGAUGGAGUGGAAAUAGUCAUCCAGAGUGCUAACUCCAGAGACCAGGACCAUAAUUUUCCAUUAUCAAAGGUGUUGCGACUCCUGCUGGAACAAGGAAUUAGUGUAGCAAGUUGUGUUUCUACUGGAACUAGUGAAAUGAUAUUCAUCCACACCAUCCAGUCCGAGGCUUGCCAUACCGGGUGCCUGGAUAUAGCUCGGCUGCAAUCGAAACUUGACGAAGUUCUAACUGACUACUGAGUGAGAAAUAUGGUUUUUGCUACUUUUCGAUUUCCCUUAUCAAUUGCACCUCUUGGAUGAAGAGCUAUCGUGUAAGAAAUUUCUCGCCUGAUGUAAGCAAGAAGAAGGUUUUCAAUCCCACAAGACUUGGGUUCUCAAGAACUUUUGCAAGGUUUGUUCUCAAUCAGUUUGGUAGCAUCCAAUCUAAAUCAUUUUACAGUUAGUGCACCGAAAUCGCCGUAUAUUAUCUAAACUAUUGCUAUCUAGACUUGGGUUGGGUAUAGCUCAACAUAUAAGCGUUUUCCAGGGAAAAUGUUCGGUUUGUAAGGUAGUAGAGACUAGAGAGAGUACAGUCAGACUGGAUGCUACUUGGCUGUCCUUGGUUACCAGGGGAUCUUGUAUCCCCACAGAUGUAUCUUAAUGUUAACUCUCAAAGAAAGUUUAAGGACUGAAAGGAAUACACAGCAAAGUGAUAAUUAGAGGAAGUAGCAGAUUCAAUAUAUUUGUUGAAUGAGACAAUAUUUCCGACCUUGUUAUUGCUUUUUUUUUUUUCUAGUAUUUGUUGAGAGAUUUCUUUUGAAUCCAUUAUUUGAUAAACCAUUAAAUUUUAGAAUAUGGUUUGAGUGCCCAAGUUGCAUGAAAACACUGAAAUUUACACUUUUCCUGGGACAACCUAUUCUGAAGGUUGAAUUCUCCUGUGAGUAAAGCUAGUUUUUGGAUUUUCAAGUCAUUGGGGGCUGGUGCUUCUUAU